AUGAAGUUGUUAGGUCCAGAAAAAAUGAUGGAUGACUUAAUAUACUACAACAUUAAUUACUGGUGCAAAGUUUACUUCAAUACUAAAGUGAAGUGUGAAUUUGUAGACAACAACUCUGAGUGUUUUAAUGCAUGGAUCUUGGCUGCUAGACACAAGACCAUCAUUACUAUGCUUGAAGAUAUAAGAGUGAAGAUGAUGACAAGAAUGACCAAUUUAAGGGAGUUCCCAAGUACUUGGAAGUGUAAUUUCUCUCCAAUGGUUCUAAAGGUUUUAAAGGAGAACAUUAGUAGGUCUAUAGACUGUACCAUCGAGUUUAAUGGAGUUGUUGGAUUUGAAGUGAAAGAAGGACUUUAUCAACCCAAAGUGGAUAUUGCUAGGAGAACUUGUAUUUGUAGAAUGUGGCAGUUAAGGGGCAUACAAUAUCCACAUGAUAUGGCUGCAUUAUACUUUACGAAGUUUUCUCUUUAUGACUAUGUAGAAAACUGCUACAGUAAGGAAACUUACUUGAGGACUUAUGCCAAUGUUAUUGAACCACUCACAAACAUAGAGAUGUGGCCCGUUUCUACAAACCCCACUAUUUCACCACCAGAAAUCACAAACAUAUAUGGUAGGCUAUCUAAGGCUAGAAGGAAAGAAGCUAGAGAAACUAAGAAAUCUUGGAAUCUUUCUAGGACUGGACUUGCAAUGACCUGUAGUAAAUGCCACGUCAGAAGCCAUAACAAGAGAGGGUGUCCUCAAAGAGAAGGUGUUGAGUCAUCAACAAGACUAAGUCUGGGCACCGGACCGGGAUGUACCGGUACCAAUCCGGUACCGUUCUGGUCCGAUAGUCUAUGGGACGGAACGGGACACCAUGAACCGGUACUCGGGAUGGGACGGAAUCGAAUAUUCAUUCCGGUAAUCCCGGCACUGUUGAUCCCGAUAAAUUUCGAUUUCGGUCUGGUUCCGAUACGAUAA